AUGGUCCUUCAAGACCUGGGACGGCGCAUUAACGCCGCCGUCAACGACCUAACAAGGUCAAACAAUGUCGACGCACAGGCAUUUGAUGCGAUGAUCAAAGAGAUAUGUGCCGCCCUCCUAUCAGCCGACGUCAACGUUCGCCUCGUCCAGUCCCUCCGCAAAUCCAUAAAAGCCGCUGUGCCAUUCUCUUCCCUCCCACCAGCUGUAAAUAAGAAACGCUUAAUACAAAAAACUGUAUUUGAUCAGCUGGUGGCUCUGGUGGAUCCCCAUGCGGAGCCCUUCAAGCCAAAAAAAGGGAGGUCGAACGUGAUCAUGUUUGUUGGCCUACAGGGUGCGGGUAAGACCACAACAUGCACGAAGCUGGCUAGGCAUUAUCAGACUCGUGGUUUUAGAGCCGCUCUUGUUUGUGCAGAUACCUUCCGUGCCGGUGCCUUCGAUCAGCUCAAGCAGAACGCGACCAAGGCAAAAAUUCCGUACUUUGGCAGCCUGACACAGACAGAUCCCGCUGUGGUUGCCGCAGAGGGAGUGGCGAAGUUCAAGAAGGAGCGUUUUGAUAUCAUCAUUGUCGAUACAAGUGGUAGACAUAAGCAGGAAGAAGAUCUGUUUGUAGAAAUGACACAAAUUCAAACCGCCAUAAAACCGGAUCAAACCAUCUUGGUUCUUGACGGCACCAUCGGACAAGCCGCGGAAUCGCAAUCCGCCGCGUUCAAAGCAGCAGCAGAUUUCGGUGCUAUAAUUAUCACCAAAACUGACGGCAACGCCGCUGGUGGAGGCGCGAUCUCCGCAGUCGCUGCAACCCACACCCCCAUUAUAUUCCUGGGCACAGGUGAGCACAUGCUAGAUCUCGAACGAUUUUCUCCAAAACCAUUCAUCCAAAAACUCCUGGGCAUGGGCGAUAUGGCUAGUUUAGUCGAACACGUCCAGGCCGUAACGAAGGACUCCGCAACCGCCAAAGAAACCUACAAACACAUCUCAGCCGGCAUAUUCACGCUGCGCGAUUUCCGCGAGAACAUCACCUCCAUCAUGAAGAUGGGACCUCUCUCCAAGAUCUCCAGCAUGAUACCAGGCCUAUCAAACAUCACAUCCGGUCUCGACGACGAAGACGGCUCCCUCAAACUCCGCCGCAUGAUCUACAUCUUCGACAGCAUGACCGCCGCCGAGCUCGAUGGUGACGGUAAAGUAUUCGUCGACCAACCUUCCCGCAUCGUGCGCGUGGCAUGUGGCAGCGGAACCACUGUUCGCGAAGUCGAAGACCUUCUCUCCCAACACAAGAUGAUGGCUGGGAUGGCGAAGAGGGUUGGCGGGCAGAAGAAGCAGAUGCAGCGUGCGCAGAAUAUGCUCAAGGGCGGUAAUAAGGAGCAGCAGAUGGCUGCUAUGCAGAAACGUAUGGCGGCUAUGGGCGGUGCGGGCGGGAUGGGUAUGGGUGAUAUGGCGAAGAUGAUGCAGAUGUUGGGUGGCGGUGGGGGUGCGGGUGGAGUGCCGGGGUUAGGAGGCAUGGACAUGCAGAGCAUGAUGAGCCAGAUGAGUGGGCUGCUGGGAGGUGGUGGAGCUGCAACCGGGAGUGGAAGAGGGAGGGGGAGAUAA